AACCGGAAGUGUAUGUUGUUGUGACUGCGCCGACCAAGCGGAGUGGUUAGUUUAGUUCUGUUUAUAUUUUGUGUUUAUGAGCCUCUGCGUGGUUAGUGCCGUUUAUUAACCUCUCAGUCGGCUGGAUACUGCUCCAUUCAGCAUGAUACGUUGGACUAACGCGUGGGUUUAACAUGUUUAUUUUAGUUUGAGACGCUAACAUUCGCUGCUGGCUCUCAGUUAGCAUUAGUUAUCAGAGCCGUUCACUGACCCUCGGACAUAUGGAUACGUUUUGUUUACGUCUCCAGAGUCCACCGGACAGCUGUAAACUCUAAACAAUCAUAAGUAAUUCAGCUUGACUGCUGUCUCCAGACAUGUCCCAGCCUGCGGACUGUGAUGACUCCACUCCCCUGCUCAGGGAGGACGCAGACAGUUAUGAUGACUAUCAGGAUGAAGACUACAAGCCUCGCUGGAGGUCCAUCAGAGUCAUGUACUUCACCAUGUUCCUCAGCAGUGUGGGUUUCACCAUCGUCAUCACGUCUCUGUGGCCUUAUCUUCAGAAGGUGGAUGGCAGUACCACGGCCAGCUUCCUGGGCUGGGUGGUGGCAGCCUACAGUCUGGGGCAGAUGUUGGCCUCGCCUCUCUUCGGCCUCUGGUCCAAUCACCGCCCCCGCAGGGAGCCGAUGGUCUGCUCCAUCCUCAUCAACCUGUUCGCCAACAUCUACUACGCCUACGCCUACCUGCCCCCCUCCCACAACAAGCUGCACGUCUUGGUGUCCCGGGCGCUGGUGGGCUUCGGAGCAGGUAACGUGGCGGUGGCGAGGUCUUAUGUGGCUGGAGCUACGUCCCUGAAGGAGCGCACCUCAGCCAUGGCCAACAUGAGCGCCUGCCAGGCCCUGGGAUUCAUCCUGGGACCAGCCCUGCAGGCGGGUCUCUCCUUCCUGGGGGAGGGUGGGGUGACCGUGCAGAUUCUCUCCCUGCAGAUCAACAUGUACACGUCCCCCGCUCUGCUGGCUGCUGCGUUCGGCCUCGUCAACAUGCUGCUGGUGCUGGUACUUCUCAGAGAGCACCGUGUCGAUGACCAUGGAAGACAGAUCCGAGCCAUCAACUACACAUCAGAAGACGGAGAUGAGCUUAGUGAGGAAAGUGAGGAGAGCCUUGAUCAGUUGGCCGUCGUGACCUCCAAUGUCCUCUUCUUCAUCGUCAUGUUCAUCUUCGCCGUGUUCGAGACGAUCGCCACCCCCCUCUCCAUGGACAUGUUCUCGUGGACCGGGAGACAGGCCGUGCUGUACAACGGCAUCAUCAUCUGCGGCAUCGGCAUCCAGUCCAUCCCGGUGUUUGUGGCGGUGAAAGCGGCCUCUCGGAGGGUCGGAGAUCGUCCCGUGCUGCUCGCUGGCCUGGCCGUUAUUUUCUGUGGCUUCUUCAUCCUGCUGCCAUGGGGGAACCAGUACCCCCAGAUCCAGUGGGCAGACGUGACAAACAGCACAUUGGGGAGGGUGUCUGCAGCCUCCAACAGCUCUGUUGGAUGCCCCUACCAGCAGACCUGGUGUCAGUACACCCCCGUCAUCCACCUGGCUCAGUACAUCUCUGCAGACGUCCUGAUCGGUGUGGGGUACCCCGCCUGCAACGUCAUGUCCUACACCCUCUACUCCAAGAUCCUGGGCCCCCGCCCUCAGGGUGUGUACAUGGGGUGGUUGACGGCCUCGGGCAGCGGGGCCCGGACUCUGGGCCCUGUGUUUGUUUCUCAGGUCUACACCCUGCUGGGCCCCCGCUGGGCCUUCAGCCUUAUCUGCGUCCUGGUGCUGGGGGCCGGCAUCCUGCUGGGCUCUGUAUACCACAGACUGAUCCCCUUCUCUGUGCGCAAUGCACGGACCCCCCCGUAACAACUGAGACUUCCUACUACAGACACUGUGAACUCUGACUCUGUGCUGCGUUCACUGACUGCAACAUGCUGCCUUCACUGACUGUAACAUGCUGCAGAGAGACUUUUAACCCUGUGCUGCGUUUAAUGACUAUGGCUGCGUUUCACUUCUCUUAUUUUUCAUUUCCUCGCUCCUCGGUCUCGGUCUCACCGGAAGUUGGUUUGUCUGCGCCAUCUUGAGUAGCGUCCCAAUGGCC